AUGGCAACAUUGUGUAAACCAGAUGGUGGAGUUAACUGGUUUUACAUUAUCGGUGUUUAUCGUUGUCUCUCGCACGUCUGUUUUCGUAAAUAUUACUAUUUCUCCCAGUCGAAGGGUGGCGACUCCCAGAAGAGCACGACGAUCAAGGAAGCCAUCAGGCAAUGGGAGGAGGCGACGGGGGAGAAGGCGGCGGAGGCGAAGGAGGUGAAGCUCAUAGGACAGUAUCCUCCGAUCGAGAAGCUCGACUCAGCCCUGCAGAACCUCGUCAACUGCGAGAAAUUGUCUCUGUCGACCAACAUGAUCGAGAAACUCAAUCAUCUGAACAACCUUCGGUGCCUCAGGAUUCUCAGCCUAGGCAGAAACAACAUCAAGAGCCUGGCUGGCCUGGAGGUGUUGGCGGAGACGUUGGAGCAGCUCUGGAUCUCUUACAAUCUCAUAGAGAAGUUGAAGGGUAUAGGUCUCCUGAAAAAGAUCAAGGUCCUCUACAUCUCCAAUAACCUGGUCAAGGACUGGUCCGAGUUCAUGAAGUUGACUGAAGUCCUGACGCUGGAGGAACUUAACUUUGUCGGAAACCCUCUAGAGGAAAAGCACUCGGGUGAGGGAACGUGGCGUGCGGAGGUCGAGAAGAAGAUAACAUGGCUGAAGAAACUGGACGGGCUGCCCAUCAUCCGAGACCUGGACGACGAAGCCAUCAUUGAGCAGCAGCAACAACAGCAGGAGGAGGAGAACCGCAGGGGCUCCGUCGCGGCUCCGACACCCACGUGAGACUAGGGAGUCGCGACAGGGCAUUAGGUCGACGCUGGUGGUGCCGUUGUUGGUGGUGGCUGUAGGCCUAGGGCGAUAUGUCGUCUAAGCGAGUGUUCGUCGAUAUAAGUUUUGUCUCAUUUUAGCUUCCUGGACAAGAAAACUGUUGAGGUGGUUUUGUCAUUCUGUCCACACUUUUUUUCUCUCCGCCCUUUUUCUGUCCACACUUUCUUCUGUCUGCACCCUAUUCUGUCCGCACUUUUUUUCUGUCCACACUUUAUUCUGUCCGUAGUUUUUUCUGUCCACACUUUUUCUGUCUACACUUUUUCUGUCAGCACUUUUUCUCUCCGCACUUUCUUCUGUCCAUACUUUUUUCUGUCUACACUUUUUCGGUCUGUACUUUAUUCUGUCCACACUUUUUUUCUGUCCACCCUCAGAUCUUAAAAACUACCAAGGCUAGAGGGCUGCAAAUUGGUAUGUUGAUCGUCCACCUUCCAAUCAUCAAGCGUACCAAAUUGCAGUCAUCUAGCCUCAUCAGUAGUUUUUUUUUUUUUCUUUUAUCUUAUUCAAAGUUAAGGUUAGCCACGAUCGUGCAUCUGGGAAUGAUAUAGGACAAGCCACCACCGGACUGCAGUUUAAACUUAUGGGCGGCUUCAAAAAAUGGUGGUGGCUCCAAGCUGAUACUUCUAUGGAGUAUUUAAGUUUUGCCUGAAAAGAAUUAAUAAAAAUAAAUAAAAUUAUAUA